UGCACUUAGAGGGAUCCGUUCCGGAUCCAACCCGACAACACCCUGGUCCACGGCACUAUAAAGGGGGAGAAACUGGGACGCUGAAGAAAGGCAAAGGGCAAAAAAAUCCACGGCGGGGGAUAGCGAGAUGCGACCGAACAUCGUCACCGAGGCAAGGCUGCCAACAAGGCUGCAUCAGUGGUGGGCUACUGUUCCAUUUAUUACUUCUGGUGUCAUUAUCACUUGUGGUGUAAUUUAUCUGGUGUGCUUGCUGGUUGGGUAUGACUCCUUUUAUGAGAUAUGCUUCUUGCCUUCUGCAGUCGUUUCACAGUUUCAAGUAUAUAGGAUCUACACGUCUGCUCUUUUUCAUGGAUCUUUGCUGCAUGUUCUCUUCAAUAUGUUAGCUUUAGUACCUUUGGGCAUGGAAUUGGAGCGAAUAAUGGGUUCUGUUCGGCUUUUAUAUUUGAUGCUCUUUCUUGCAACUACCAAUUCUAUAUUUCAUCUCAUUAUUGCUGUAGUGGUGGCUGGAAAUCCAUUACAUCCUUUGCCAUUUCUCAUGAACCAAUGCUCCAUUGGCUUCUCUGGAAUCAUAUUCUCAAUGAUCGUCAUAGAAACAAGCUUGAGCGGUGUUCAAUCUAGAAGUGUUUUUGGACUCUUCAAUGUUCCUGCUAAAUGGUAUGCAUGGAUCUUAUUGGUACUUUUUCAACUUCUGGCAUCUAAUGUAUCAUUGUUGGGGCACUUGUGUGGCAUCCUGUCUGGGUUUGCAUACACAUAUGGAUUCUUUAACUACUUACUUCCUGGGCCAUCUGUCUAUUCUGCCAUUGAAAGCUUCUCUAUCCUGUCAUUAUGUGUAAGGCGUCCUGGAUUUAUAUUGUGCACCGGAGGGACUACAUAUGGUCAGCUUCCCACACAUUCAAGUACAGCUACAAUGUCCAAUGGUCUGAGUUCAGGAAAUUUAUGGAGGAACAUCUCUUCAUGGAUGCCACAAAGGGCGGCAUCAACUGCUCAGCCAGCACAGGAUCCAAGAUUUCCUGGAAGGGGAAGGACUCUUGGUUCUACUGGAAAUCAGUCGUUAACUCCAGCUGAUUCUGACUUGAGCUUGCAUGCAAGGCUUUUAGAUAACUCCACAAAUCGUCCAUUGGAGACAACAACAUUAAGUACAGAAACAUGGUUACCAGACGCAAGGCAUUCUACUCUAGACACUGAAGCAGUUGCUGGAUUAGUGACAACCAAUCAGGGUGUAGAUAUCUUCGAAGAGGAACUCAAGAAACUUGUAGCAAUGGGUUUUGAGAAGACUGAAGCUGAAGUUGCCUUGGCUGCUGCCGAUGGAGAUCCUAGUGUUGCCAUUGAAAUUCUAAUGAGCCAUCAGCAGCAGGGAUAAGGAUCUGGGAUAUGCGCUUGGUGUGAGCAAAUUCAUGGAAGGACAUACAAAGCAGUGUCGAUCUACUACUUACUACCUCUGCACCUUUGUGCGUUUCCAGGAUUACGUCCUUGCUACGUGAGUCUUCAAUUUUCAAGUUGUGGAAUACGAUAGGUGUAACACUAACAUGGAAAUGCACAAAUUUACUCGCAAAUGAUAUGAUAUAUAAAUUGGUUGUGGCUGGAUCAGAA